AUGCAUUCGGUGCCUGCGUACAAUGCGUACUACUGGGUGGAGAGCCACGACAGCGGCUGCCUGCGUUUCUUUCGUGCGCUGCUGAUGGGGAUGAAUAUAUUACUGACAGCCGGAGCUGUUGCAGGCCUUGCCGUUGGUUUACUGGAGCGCAGCACAAUGGAGAAAACAUUGAAAAACUUAUGCCAGUCCUGUCAAGCAAUUUUCAUUGCGUACAUUUCCGUUUUCAGUGGACUUCUUCUCUUUUCACUUCUCGGCUUCUUUGCACUUUGCACCCGUAACACUUUAUUGCGUGUGUUGUAUUUUAUUUAUCUUUUUGUGGUGUUUUUGGGUGCCUUCAGCAGCUCCAUUGCGUACGUUCUUGUCAGCACGGAUCGAGUGAACCUGCAGACGGGUUGGGAUAAAUCUGCCGUGAGUAAUGCGGAGGGGAUGUGUUCACUGGAGUUGCAGUUUCACUGUUCUGGCUGGAAGGAGCUUUGCAACACCUCAAAUAUGGAGUUUAUGAACCCCUUGAUCCGAAAAAGAAAACAGUUGUCAUUGGGAGAAGGGGCAUUGAGGGAUGUAAAUACGGCUGAGAUGUUGUCUCAUACUUCGAAUAACAACUCUGAUUCUAAAAUCAUCUGCCCAACCUGCAGUGAGGAGGAUCAAAAGGAAAUCAAUGGAUACAACGUGACAUGUGAAUCCGUUGUGAUGGGGACAAUCAAAGAACAUUUGAAGGAAGUACUACCGAUUGGGCUAUCCAUCACAACUAUUGCUCUUCUUGGAAUGAUCGUGACAUGUCUAAUACAACAUGAAACAAAUUACGAAACAUAUUACGGCGGCCGUUACUACCGUGUGUAA